UCCAAGACCCACAAAUCAAGCCAAGACCCGAAAAGAUCCCAACAAGGCAGAACGCACCCUUCUCUCAGUCUCAGCGCCGUCUUUCUUCGUUACCUGCCCCCGCUCCCCGAAGGCUCGAACCCUUUACAGCCGGCGAAGAAGAUGCACCUGUGGCCAUCGCUCCGGAUCCGCGACUCGUUCAAGCACGGCUACCUCCAGAAGCUGGAGCUCAACCUCGGCAACAUGAAGCGCGCGCAGCGGCAGCGCCAGGGCCGGCAGGGAGAGAGCCAGGAGGACCAGGACGGCCAGCCCGGCGGCAACGGGAAGGCGCCGCUGCUCGAGGACCGCUCGCCAUCGGGGUCCGUGCUUGCCGGCGCGCUCGAGCUCGCCUGGGACGCCGUCUUGCUCCUCACCUGCUGCUGCUGUUGCUUCUGCUGCGGAGGAGCCUGAGAUUGCACAUGGGACUUCCUUCUUGUAUAUACUUCGCCCUUAUAUCGAUAUCCAACAAAAAUGCACUUCACAGCACGAGGAUCCAACUUCCCCACCUGAGGUCUAUGAUCUUUGACAAAGCAUGUACAUCCAAAAAUUUUAGGUGGAACCACAAACUUUUCUCACCGAGAAGAAUCUCACAUGGAGUCUUCAUUGCAAGUAUUUUUGAAGGAGUACGAUUAAUAAGAUAUGUGGCAGUCAAUACAGCUUCACUCCAUAGGAACUUCGAAACAUUCAUUGUAAACAUCAGCGAACGAGCAACUUCCAAAAUGUGACGAUUCUUCCUUUCAGCCACACCAUUUUGUGGAGGUGUAUCAGGACAGGAUGUCUGAUGUAAUAUACCAUUUCUUGACAGAAAGGCAUUAAAUUACUUGUUUACAUACUCGGUUCCAUUGUCUGUUCUUAGGAUUUUGACUUGAGUAUUGAAUUGAUUCUCAACCAGUGCACAGAAAUU